AUGGGAACGCCCCGGGGAGACCCCGCCGAGGGCCGGAGGAUGGUCAAGCCCAAAGGCGCCGACAGGAAGCAGAAGACGGACCGGGAAAAGGUGGAGCGGCAGCCGGCGGCGGAGCGGGAGAAGUUCCAGCCGGCCUACGAGAGCACCGUGCUGGCCGAGUGCCCCCCUUGGCCGGACGCGCUGGGCGCCCCCCACAGCCCCCCGGGCACCCCGGGGCUGCCGUCCCCUCACCCCUUCAAGCUGCUGAGCCCCGAGAGGGUGUGCAUGUCCCCCGCCUGCGCUGCCGAGGGCCCCGCGGAGAGUCCUGGUGAGGCGCUGAGCCCCUGCGCAUCCCCGCUGGAGACUCAGCAGUGGCUGCUCCGCCGCCGCUUCUCCGCCUGCGCCCGCGUCUUUGCCAACUUCACCGGGGCCGAUCUGCUGAAGCUCUCCCGCAGGGACCUGAUCCAGAUCUGCGGAGCCCCGGACGGCAUCCGCCUGUGCCACGCCCUGGCGGGGAGGUGCCCGCGGCCCCGGCUGACCCUGUACGUGGCGCGGGAGCCCGGCGGGGCUGAGGGAGCGGAGGACGCGGGAGCAGGGCUGUACCAGGAGCUCCACCUGGAGCAGCUGACGGUGCCCGAGCUCUCGGGGAAGCUGGCGGAGCUGCUGGGGCUGCCCCCGGAGCAGAUCGUGCGGCUCUCCCGCCAGGGACCCGCCGGWAUCCACGUCCUCGUCAGCGAUGCGAUGAUCAGGAACCUCCAGGACGAGACCCCUUUCGUGGUGGCGAUCGGCAAAGCCCCCGGCCCUGAGGGCUUCCAGCUGCUGCUGCGGUAGGAGCCGGCCCGGAGCUGCGGCAGCGUGCGAAGGGACACCUCAAAGUGGAGCCGGAGCCGUGCGGGACCGAGAGAGGAGCCCGGGAAUGGAGAGAGGAGCCCGGGGAUGGAGAAAGGGACCCGGGGAUGGAGAGAGGA